GCACAAUAUGUGAUGGUGUUGUGUAGCUUCAAAGAACAGCUACAACAGCACGUGAGGGUUCAUGCCGUCGAAGCUGUUAUGGCUUGCCGUGAAAUUGAGAACAACCUCCACUCUCUCACAGGAGCAACGUUAGGUGAAGGAUCUGGUGCGACGAUGUCGGAGGACGAGGACGAUCUACAGAUGGAUUUCUCGUCGGAUAAUUCCGGCGUUGACUUUAGCGGCGGCCACGAUAUGACGGGAUUUGGUCCGUUGCUUCCGACAGAAUCUGAACGAUCUCUUAUGGAAAGGGUCCGACAAGAACUUAAACUCGAACUCAAACAGGGUUUUAAAUCGAGAAUUGAAGAUGUAAGAGAAGAGAUAAUGAGGAAAAGAAGAGCUGGGAAAUUGCCUGGAGACACAACUACUGUCUUGAAAAAUUGGUGGCAACAACAUUGCAAGUGGCCUUACCCUACUGAAGAUGACAAGGCAAAACUGGUGGAAGAGACAGGAUUGCAGUUGAAGCAAAUCAACAACUGGUUCAUUAAUCAACGCAAGAGGAAUUGGCACAACAACUCUCACUCCCUCACUUCCUUGAAGUCCAAGCGCAAACACUAA